GCCAAAUUGGGUUUACUACUGCUCUCUGCUGUCACUUCUGGUGAGACCCAAAUUAACCCCCAAAGCUUCAGGUCUGAACCACCAAGGAAGCUAGCAGCUAGCUAUGAGUAAGAUAUAAAGAUUGAGACAAUAGAGAAGCUUCCGGCGAGGCAAUGACCUUUUCAAAGAGGAGAAUUGCCCAUGAAAGCCGGAGCGUUAUCUGUUCUCGGCGACUCUGAGAUUGCUAUCAUUGUCGAUCAUCGUCUUUUCUUAUACUAACAAGCUCUAUGAGCUCUCCGGCUCCGAUCCAGUUGCAGGCUUGCUAGCUUUCUAGGAUGAAGCCGACAAGGGAGAAGAUAAAGAUCAGAAAAAUCGACAACUUGCCAGCGAGGCAGGUGACGUUUUCGAAGAGGAGAAGAGGGUUUUUGAAGAAAGCUGCAGAGCUUUCUGUUCUCUGCGACUGUGAGUAUGCUGUCAUCAUUUUCUCUGCUACCGGAAAGCUCUUCCAGUCCUCUAGCUCCAAUACCAAGGAUGUCAUUGCAAGGUACAUAGAGCACAAUGAAAAUGUGGAGAAGUUGGAGCUGCCAUCUCUCAAGCUCCAGCCUGAUCGCAUCAAGUUAAGUAAGGAACUUGCAGACAAGAGCCGCAUACUAAGGCAGAUGAAUGGUGAGGAUCUGGAAGGGCUGAAUAUAGACGAGUUGCAGAUAUUGGAGAAAGACAUUAAAGGAGGACUUAGCCGUCUCCUUCGUUCCAAGGAAGAUAGGACCAUGAGUGAGAUUCUGGCGCUUGAAGCAAAGGGAGCUGAGUUGUUGGAAGCAAACAAUCAGUUAAGGCAGAGGAUAGGGAUGUUCUCCGUUGCAAAUGGAAAUAUAGCUGGUGUAAUCGCCUUGGAGUCGGAUACCUCAACGACAGAAGAAAGUUUGUCAUCGGAAUCCGGCACAAAUGCCAGCAACUGUUGUGCUAAUAGUUCUUCCCCGGAUGAUGACUCUGGUGACGAAACUUUAUGUCUCAAACUUGGGCUUCCUUAUUGUGGCUGACUGGCCUGAAAUGGGAAGAUCCAAAAGGUGAAAGUAUUCUUGCAUGGCAUUUAUAAUAAAAUGUACUACUUUAAGAUGCUAUGCACGAUAUUUGUAUGUAUGUGUGUAUGUCUUUGUUACAUUGGUGCGUGUAAAAUCGGGAGGCAUGGCUUGUAGUGUGUGACUUGCCAAACU